ACGGAAAGUGGGCUGUACCUAUGAGAUUGAAUUAAACAUAGAAACCACCCGUUUUUACUUACAUCAACUGUCCCAAGAGAUUCUCCUCCUUGUUCCGCGUUAUUUUCCAAUUACUUCUACUCCUCGUAUUAAACAUUCUUCCUACCUGGAACUUUAGUCGAAAUAUCUUAUUUACCUAUUCAAGCUUAACCUAUCUCAUUGCCCAUCAUGGCGCGCAAGUUCUUUGUGGGCGGCAACUUCAAGAUGAACGGGACCAUCUCGUCCAUCAAGGAGAUUGUCGACAACCUGAACAAGGCUCAGCUAGAUUCCAACGUUGAGAUCGUCAUAGCUCCGCCGGCCCUCUACCUCCUCCUUGUCCGCGAACACGCAAAGAAGGAAAUCGGCGUUGCUGCCCAGAACGUCUUUGACAAGCCAAACGGUGCCUUCACCGGCGAGAUCUCAGUCCACCAGCUUAAGGACAGCAGUAUUGACUGGGUCAUCCUUGGUCACUCUGAACGACGCACUAUCCUAGCUGAGAGUGAUGAGGUUGUUGCUUCCAAGACUAAGUACGCUACUGAGAAUGGCCUCAGCGUCAUCUGGUGUUGUGGCGAGUCUCUAGAGCAGCGAGAAGCUGGCAAGACCCUCGAAGUCAUCGCAGCUCAACUAGCUGCCUUAAAGUCACAGAUCUCGGAUUGGAGUAAGAUUGUCAUUGCCUACGAACCUAUCUGGGCCAUUGGCACCGGAAAGGUCGCUACAACCCAACAGGCUCAGGAGGUACAUGCAUCUAUCCGUGAUUGGCUGGCCAAGGAGGUGAGCCAGAGGGUUGCCGACGAAACCAGAAUCCUAUACGGUGGCAGCGUCAGCGAGAAGAACUGCAAGGACCUCAGCAAGGAGAAGGAUAUUGACGGCUUCCUCGUCGGCGGUGCCAGUCUUAAGCCCGCAUUCGUGGAUAUCAUCAACAGCAAGUCUUAAACGGGAGAAAAGUUAGGAUAUUAGCAGGAAGCUACCUCCAAUGAGAGGGAGGAUGAUGAUAAUUAGAUGUGAAAGUUCAUCCACGGACUAUAAAUCCUAGGCUAUGGCCUCUCUUCUUACUAUCUAAUUCAAAGUCGUAGUAAAACCGGAUUAGCCUUGUGUUUGAAACUUUCUUCGUAAGCAUCUUUGAGUGAAUUCGUCAUGUUUUUGUUCGUAAAUGCUGCCUCGGACUGUAGGUCUAGGCUUGUGGUAUAUGUGCCUUAAGCUGUGUUAUAUACACUCUGCCCACGUAUCGUUGUACAAGGGCGACAAGUUCCCAGGUGCCGUCCUUCCAUAUCUCAUUUAUACCGGCAUGCCUGUGCCGUGGUAAGGACUCCAUAUUCCUCUUACACUCUCGCUG